CAGCAUACCCGCGACCCCGCUUCCGGUGGUAGACCCGGCAACAUGGCAGCGGACAUGCAGGUUUCUGAGACGCUGAAGAAAUUUGCUUUAAAAGUGACUACAGCCAGUGUGAAAGAGCGUAAGGAGAUUUUUGGAGAGCUGAAACAAUGUUUAAAGGGCAGAGAGUUACCAGAGCCUGCCAUCAAAGGCCUUUGCAAGCUCUUCUGCCUCACGCCUCACAGAUAUAGGGAUGCUGCAUCCCGCAGAGAGAUCCUCUCUGCCAUCGCUCAACUGGCUGAACGCCAGCCUGACAUUCUGGUGAUGAGCCUCCUCCACUGCCUUCUCAACAGUGGAGUUGUCAGUAAAAAUGGAGAGCCAGGGAAAAGCACGGGCUCUGCUGCCUUCAUUGGCCUGUCUUGGACCUGCCUUUUAGUCCCCACUGUCUUUUCUGUUCCAGAGAAAAGACAAGGACCAACCUGGAAUAAAAUGGUUCAGGUUCAGAGCCUGCUUGUGGCUGAGGUAGUGGGUGGAGCCAAAUCUACUGCUCAAAAGUCAAGCCUGAAGAAUCUCACUCAUCUUUGUGAGGAAAAUCCGGGUUUAGUUGAUCAGUACAUCAGCACUUUGUUGAGUCUGGACCCAAGCCCUACAACACUGGCAAUGCUGGGUGUGUGUUUGGACUUCUGUACAGCUCAGAAGGACAAAGCCACAAUUGACCAGCAUAAGAGCGCCAUGUUGGACCUGUACAUAAAGUCAGUCCUGAUGAGCAAGACAAAAACACAUCAGCACAUUCUGGACAAAAGUGGCUCUCUGUUGCGCCAUGUGUGUCACCCUGAGUUCAAGGAGCUGCUUCUCCCCAGCAUGCAGAAGACAAUGCUCCGAAGUCCAGAAAAUGCCAUUCUGGUGAUUUCCUGCCUGCUGUCUGCACUGACUAUUGAUCUCAGUCGUUAUGCCAUGGAUAUUGGAAAGGCUAUAGCAAGCCAGCUGAAAGCCAACAAUGCCCAGCUCAUGGAUGAAGCAAUCCAGGCCUUGCAGCAUUUGGCCCGACAGUGCAGUGACCCCAAUGCUGUACAGGACAUUGUAACACACCUUUUCAAGCUUCUUGGAGGAUCUGAAGGAAAGCUCACAGUUGUCACCCAAAAGAUGAGUGUUUUGUCAGGAAUUGGCAGCUGCAGCUACCAUGCAGUGUCAGGAGGCUCAAGCCAAACACUGAGCUCUGCCGUCACAGUGAUGUUCAUCCCUUAUUUGCAGCAGGAAGUUCAUGAGGGCACCUUGGUCCAUGGGGUGUCAGUGCUCUCCCAAUGGAGCAGUCGCCUCACCGUGCAGAUUCCCACUGCUCUGCUAGAUUGGUUCAAAAAGGCAUUCACUCUCAAAAUCUCUACCUCUCUGGUUCGCCACGCCUACAUCCAGGUCAUGAUUGGGGCCUUUAAAGGUGACACUCUGGCCCAGGCGUCAGACCUGAUACCCUUGCUGCUCCAAACAGUCGAAAAGGCUGCAGCUCAAAACUCCCACCAUGCUUUGCUUUCUGAAGGUGUGGCAGCUUCAGUCCUUUUGAGUCGACUGUCACUGCUUGAGUCCAUGACAGAGGCAAAAUUCUCCAGCUUUUGGAACUUGAUCUUGGAUGACAAGAAGACACUUUUCACUUCAGAGAAGUUCCUCUGCCAGUCCAAUGAUGAAACUCAGCUGACUGUGCUGCUGCUCUGCGAAAGAAUUUUCUUGGAUCAUGCCCACAGACUUAACACCAGCAAAUCUCAGAUGUACCACAGUGCUAUCGUGGCAGUCCUCUUGUCUCAGAGCUGGCGUGUGAGGAAGCGGGCAAAACAGACAGUCAGGAAGCUGCUCUCCUCCUUGGCCGGCUCCAACCUUGCCCUUGGUCUUCUCGGAGAACUCGAAGCGGUCAUCAACAAACAUAAAGUUAUGCCCCAGGAUGUCUUGGUGUUAGAGUCUGGAGAGCUGACUGAGCUUGGUCGCAACUACAUUCGUCCACGUGUCCUAUUGGAUGUGCUGCAUGUAAUUUGUUCCUCCGCCAGUCAGUGGGGUGACCCCAAUGAAUCAGAGAACUUGGCAAUGGAAAUCCUCAUUGUUGCUCAUCAUCCAUCUUUAGUUGGAGCUCGUAGUGGUCUGUGGCUAUUUCUGCUGUCCUCCAUGAACAUAAAAGCGGAAGAAUUUAUAGAAAAUAAUCUGGAUGUUAUUCUGCCACAUGUGUUGGUCAACACUGAUAACCAGGCAGUGAAAAAUGCUGUUGGUGCCCUCUGUGGCCUUUCUCCUGACAAGCUGUUACCUCGCAUAAUCAGUCACGUUACAGAGAAGCUUUCCCAAACUGCUCUGGUUCAUGUCACCAAGGAGGAGUGCGCUAUCUUGCUGACACCUGAGGGGGAACUUUAUGACAACUCAAUCAUUGAGAGUGCACAGAAAGAAAACACCAAGAAGGGAAAUAUCAAGAAAGAGAACAAAGUCUAUUCCUACAGGGAACAGAUAUUUGGACUUGAAUUACAGGAGGAGCUUAAGAAGAAAAGAGGCAUCAAGGAUGAAGUGCAGCUCACCAGCAAACAGAAGGAAAUGAUUGCAAUGCAACAUGAUAAGGAGGAAUCUAUUCGCAAAAGACUUCAAGGGCUUGACGUAGAGUUUCAAAGUCUGGUGGGUCUCCUGGUCGCUGCUCUAAAAGAGAGACCAGCCCAGAUUACCAGAGAGCUACCAUCAGUCCUCCAGGUUCUGUUGCCCCUAUUGCACUCGCCUCUGGCUGCUCCACGCGUCCAGCAGAUCUUCUUGGACAUUGGAGUGUGCCUCCUACCCCCUCCCCUCCAUCUUCUAGGUGCUCUUGUGGGGCAUGUGACAUUACGGUUGCUGAAACCGGAGUGUGACCUGGAUGCAGCCUGGGAGCAGGAGGACCUGGACAAAGCAGUUAAUCGCGCUGUACAACUGCUACAUAACCACACUGUCCCUCAGCGAGAUGGCAAGACUAGUGAUGUGGCCCCAGUGUCUGCCCCUGCCUUUUGCUUCUGCUUUCCUUUCCUUAAUGCCACACUCAGGCAGUCCUCAGGCAGUACAGAGGAGACCGAGAGUAGGAUGACUAGAUCUUUGCAAGUCAUCCAUGAGCAUUGUCGGCUUCGAGCUAAAACAGAUGGAGCGAUCGCCAUAGAUGAGAAUGGCCCUGAACUGCUUCCACGUGUCGACAUGCUAAUGCUGCUGACCAGAGUUAUUUCGACUGCUACACCAAGACUUCAGGUGUUGGCAUCUCAGUGCCUAACAGCACUGUGUGGCAGUGCAGGAGGAGAUGAGGGCUGCACAGUAGCAGAGCAGCAGGAGAUCGAUGUCCUCCUCAACGCCCUCCUUUCACCUUGCUUCUCUGUCCGUGAUGCUGCUCUCAGAGGAUUGUUGGAGAUGGAGUUUGCUUUGCCAACAGACAGUACAGAGGAGAGUGGACUAAGUUUGCUGCGCAGGCUUUGGGUUGCUAGGUUUGAUGUUGAAGAAGAGGGACGAGCCUUUGCAGAAAAACUCUGGCAGUCUCUUGAUCUGGAGUUGGUCCCAGAGCUCUGCUCCCUGCUGAUUGGAGACAUCACUCACCAUGAAGAGGCUGUUCGUUCCGCUGCAGCUGAAGCGCUGUCAAGUGCUGUUUCUCAGUAUAGAGACCAGUCUGCCCCAGUCCUUGCACAGCUAACUGAGCUCUACCACCAAAAACUUUAUAGACCUCCUCCUGUGCUGGAUACCUUGGGAAGAGUCAUCUCUGAAUCUCCACCAGAUCAAGGGGAAGCAAGGUGUGGCAUUGCUCUCACUCUGAACAAGAUGUCCCAGUACUUGGACAAAUCUCAGGUGACUCCCCUCUUCCUCUUCUUUGUUCCUGAUGCUCUGAAUGACCGUCACACUGAAGUGCGGCGCUGCAUGUUGGACGCAGCCCUCUCAGCCCUCAACACACAUGGAAAGGACAAUGUUAGCUCCCUGCUACCUGUGUUUGAGGAGUUUCUGAAAAAUGCCCCCCAGGACGCCAGCUACGACUCUGUCCGUCAGAGUGUGGUCAUUCUUAUGGGCUCCUUGGCUAAACAUCUGGACAAAAACGACCCUAAGGUCAAACCCAUCGUGGCAAAGCUUAUCACAGCCCUUUCUACGCCAUCUCAGCAGGUUCAAGAGUCAGUGGCCAGCUGUUUACCUCCUUUAGUGCCUGCCAUCAAAGAAGAUGCUGCAGGGAUAGUAAGGAAUCUGCUGCAGCUGCUGCUGGAGAGUGACAAGUAUGCUGAGAGGAAGGGGGCUGCCUAUGGGCUAGCUGGCCUGGUCAAAGGGCUCGGUAUCCUGGCUCUCAAACAGCAGGAGAUCAUGGCAACGCUGACUGACGCCAUUCAAGAUAAGAAAAACUUUCGACGGCGGGAAGGGGCACUUUUUGCUUUUGAGAUGCUGUGCAACAUGUUGGGCAAACUUUUUGAGCCAUAUGUUGUCCAUGUGUUGCCACACCUCCUGCUUUGCUUUGGAGAUGGAAACCAGUAUGUAAGAGAGGCUGCUGAUGACUGUGCUAAGGCGGUGAUGAGGAACUUGAGUGCACACGGUGUGAAACUAGUACUCCCUUCUCUGUUGGUGGCCCUGGAAGAGGAAUCAUGGCGGACUAAAGCAGGCUCUGUGGAUUUGCUUGGUGCCAUGGCUUUCUGUGCACCUAAGCAGUUAUCUUCUUGUCUGCCAAGCAUCGUUCCCAAACUGACCGAAGUGUUGACUGACUCCCAUGUGAAGGUGCAGAAAGCUGGUCAGCAGGCUCUCAGACAAAUUGGCUCAGUCAUCCGUAACCCUGAAAUUCUUGCUAUAACGCCCAUCCUGCUGGAUGCUCUCACUGAUCCAUCCCGAAGGACCCAGACAUGUCUUCAAACCCUUCUGGACACCAAGUUUGUACACUUCAUUGAUGCCCCUUCCCUCGCCUUGAUCAUGCCUAUUGUCCAGAGAGCCUUCCUGGAUCGUUCCACUGACACUCGCAAGAUGGCCGCGCAGAUUAUUGGCAAUAUGUACUCCCUUACGGACCAGAAGGAUCUGUCACCAUACCUGCCUAGUGUCAUUCCUGGACUGAAGACUUCCUUGUUGGACCCAGUGCCUGAGGUGCGUACAGUGUCUGCCAAAGCCCUGGGCACCAUGGUGAAGGGAAUGGGUGAAUCCUGCUUUGAUGACCUUCUGCCAUGGCUCAUGGAGACGCUGGCCUCUGAGCAGAGCUCAGUUGAUCGUUCUGGGGCAGCCCAAGGCCUUGCUGAGGUGAUGGCUGGGCUUGGAGUUGAGAAGCUGGACAAACUGAUGCCAGAUGUUGUGCAGACAGCUAGUAAGGUGGAUAUAGCCUCCCAUGUCAGAGAUGGCUAUAUCAUGAUGUUCAUCUACCUGCCGCUCACAUUUGGAGACAAAUUUACUCCCUAUGUUGGGCCCAUCAUCCCCUGCAUCCUAAAGGCUCUGGCUGAUGAAAAUGAGUAUGUGCGAGACACUGCGCUCCGAGCUGGCCAGCGCAUCAUCAGCAUGUAUGCAGAGACUGCCAUUGCACUCCUGCUUCCUGAACUAGAGCAGGGGCUGUUCGAUGACCUCUGGAGAAUCAGGUUCAGUUCAGUCCAGCUGCUUGGAGAUCUGCUUUUCCAUAUCUCUGGAGUGACAGGAAAGAUGACGACGGAGACUGCAUCAGAAGAUGACAACUUCGGCACUGCUGCAUCAAAUAAGGCUAUCAUUUCAGCUCUCGGGGCUGAGCGGCGUAACCGUGUCCUUUCCGGCCUCUAUAUGGGACGUUCUGACACCCAGCUGGUGGUUCGCCAGGCCUCUCUUCACGUGUGGAAAAUAGUGGUGUCCAACACGCCACGAACCCUUCGAGAAAUUCUCCCGACCCUCUUCAGCCUCCUGCUCGGCUUCUUGGCCUCCACCUGUCCUGAUAAGAGAAUAAUUGCUGCCCGGACACUCGGUGAUCUGGUGAGAAAGCUUGGUGAGAAGAUUCUGCCAGAGAUAAUUCCCAUUCUGGAGCAGGGUCUACGUUCUGACAAGAGUGAUGAAAGGCAGGGUGUCUGCAUCGGCCUCAGUGAGAUCAUGAAGUCCACCAGCAAAGACGCGGUGCUGGUCUUUUCCGAGUCUCUGGUCCCCACUGUGAGGAAGGCUCUCUGUGACCCUCUGGAAGAAGUCAGAGAGGCUGCAGCCAAAACAUUUGAGCAGCUCCAUGUAACCAUUGGUCACCAGGCGCUGGACGACAUCCUUCCUACUUUACUGAAACAGCUUGAUGAUGAGGACACGGCAGAAUUUGCUUUGGAUGGCUUGAAGCAAGUCAUGGCUGUGAAGAGUCGAUCGGUGCUGCCCUAUUUGGUGCCAAAGCUGACUGCUGCUCCUGUGAACACUCGUGUGUUGGCCUUCUUGUCAGCUGUGGCCGGUGAAGCCCUGACCCGCCACCUCGGCGUCAUUCUCACAGCCCUUCUCUCCUCACUAAAAGGAAAACUAGGAACAGAGGAUGAACCUCAGGAAUUAUGCAGUUGCCAGACAGUGAUCCUCUCUGUGGACGAUGAAGUGGGCCAACGCAUCAUCAUAGAUGAUCUUUUGGAGGCGACUCGUAACUUAGAUGCCGGCCUCAGACAGGCUGCCGUGACUAUCCUCAAUGCCUACUUUGCCCGCACACGCCUAGACUAUAGUGCCCAUACACGCAACCUGCUGUCAGGCCUCAUCCACCUCCUGAAUGACACCAACAGAGAGGUUCUGUCUCAGAGUUGGGACACAAUCAACUCCAUCACUAAGAAACUGGAUGCAAGCAGCCAGCUGGCUCUAAUUGAUGACCUUCAUCGAGACAUUAGAUCAGCAGCUGCUGAUUUAAAGGGUCAACACCUACCUGGUUUCUGUCUGCCCAAAAAGGGUGUUACAUGCAUCCUUCCUGUCCUGAGAGAAGGUGUCCUAACUGGUAGUCCUGAGCAGAAGGAAGAAGCAGCCAAAGCAUUAGGAGGGGUCAUAAAACUGACGUCCCCUGAGGCUUUGCGGCCCUCUGUGGUCAACAUCACUGGGCCCCUUAUCCGUAUCCUAGGUGACCGUUUUGCCUGGACAGUGAAGACAGCUUUGUUGGAGACUCUAACCCUUCUGCUAGCAAAGGUGGGUAUCGCACUGAAGCCUUUCCUACCACAGCUGCAGACCACCUUCCUAAAGGCCCUACAAGACUCAAGUCGUGCGGUGAGGUUGAGAGCUGCUGAAGCUCUGGGCCAACUGGUUUCAAUCCACAGCAAGGUUGACCCACUCUUCACAGAGCAACUCUCUGCCAUUCGCAAUGCAGAGGACCCUGGAGUCAGGGAGACAAUGCUACAAGCUUUAAGGUUUGUCAUCCAAGGGGCUGGGUCAAAGGUGGACCCAAACAUCCGCAAGAACAUCACCACCACAUUACUAGGCAUGCUGGGACAUGACGAGGAUGCAACUCGGAUGGCUUCAGCUGGCUGUAUUGGUGAGAUCUGCCCUUUUCUGUCAGAUGAGGAGCUGAAGAUUGUUUUGCUUCAGCACAUCUUGGCGGAUAUGUCAGGGGUGGACUGGAUGGUGUGUCAUGGUCGUAGCUUGGCUCUAGCCAUUGCAGUAAAAUGUGCGCCUGAGAAGCUGUGUGGGAAGGAAUACUGUGACACCGUCACGGAGACCAUUUUGACCAACGCCACUGCUGACAGGAUCCCCAUUGCUAGCAGUGGUAUCAGAGGGAUGGGAUUCCUGAUGCGACAUCAGCUCAGCUUGGAUGGAGGCAGUAAUGUUACCCAGCGCUUCAUCACACAGUUUAUAAAGAGUCUUCAGAACCAGUCCAGUGACAUCAGGCUGGUGUCGGAGCGGGUGCUGUGGUGGGUCUUCAAAGAACCUGCAGCACCAGCCAUGGAGGCAAAUCACAUCAAGCCUUUGUUGAAGACUCUGUUGGACAACACCAAAGACAAGAACACCAGCGUCAGAGCCCAGAGCGAGCACACCAUCGUCAACCUGUUACGACUCCGCCAGGGAGAGGAAUGCAUGCAGAUGAUUACAGCCAUUCUGGACUCUGCAAGUAACGACCUCCUAUCCGAGUGUCACCGCCGCUCUUUGAAGAAGAUUGCCAGUCAGCAGGACUCCAAUGAAGAAAUAGAUGACACCAUACUAACGUGAUCGAACCAGACUGCGCUAUAUAAUGAUGUCAGCCAAAAAAUGGAUCGACUGAUUUGAUCUCCAAUGUAUGACAGGUCCAGACACAUUCACCCGCUCAUGUUGCUCUGUUUUCCAGCGCAGGAACUCAGGAUACUUGCUAGCUGACAAACAAAAUUGCAAGGCCAUAUCUGUAAUUCAACCCGCUUGACUUUUUAGCCCCGCCCCUUUUGUCAGGAGAGUCACAAUUUGAGAAUAUGAUUUUGCAAUGACAUUGACCUCCACAUCAAUUUUUUUUCUUUUUCUUUAUUUCCUCCUCAUUAUGGGGUUUUCAGGUUUGAUAGGCUCUAAAUUUAGAUUUAUUCAGCUUUCAAAAUGUUUUUCAAUGUAUUACUCUGUUCAUGGCUGCACUGGACUGCUGAAAAGUAUUAUUCAGCCCCCAAAAGGUCCAAUGUGGCGGUGUCUUUCAGGGACCGAUACAAAAGCGGUCUUUGAAUGUGCCACAAGUUCCUAUCCUGAGAAAACAAUUAUUGGUUAGAAUUUCAACCCCCCCUAUCAACAAAUGUUGAAUUUCUCUUAUUUCAUUGUUUUAACAGCCUUUAAAUCAAAAAUGUUUUCUUUCAUUAAAAAAAUUAUAAUAAUUUAUCACAUUUUACAGCUUAUGUUACAGUUUUGUAUGACUGUAUUCCAAUUCUGUUAUGAAUUUUCAACAAAAAAAAAAUCUAUUAUUUUUGCUGAAAUGAUUGGUGAUGCCACUGUAAUGGCAUAUUGCACACAUCUCUUACCUUUUGGUUGUUGAUUGAUUUGUGUAAGAGACAUUUGGGCAGUGUCUACAACAGUAAUGUUUUUUAUCCCAUUGAUUUGGUUGUAAAAAGGCAAUACAAAAUAAAAAAACAGCUUGAGUGAAUUAUUUUCAAGCCUUUUUACUCAAGGCUAUGUUACGGUUUCGCAUGGUCGUUGAUACCUUUCCUCAGGCAUUCAGAUUUGGUAUGAAAAUUAACAUGAAAUUAAAGCGGCGGUCUAAUAGUUGGAGCCCACACCAGUGUAUCAAUCUAAAUUCCAUUUGUAUAAUCAAUAAAUCAGUUUGUCAAAUUA